AGUGUGAGACAUGGAACUGGCAAGUUUGGAAGACUACAAAGAAAGGGCUUGGAAGUUGCUUCCGAAAAGCCCUCUGGACUACUAUAAAAGCGGAGCUGGUAAUGAGUAUUCUCUGCGUCUCAACGAAUCUGCAUUUGAUAAAAUCCGGAUUAGACCGACUUUCAUGAAAGAUGUCUCCAAGAGAACAACAAGAACCAGCGUUAUGGGUCUCGACUUAGACACGCCAAUUGCAAUUGCGCCCACAGCAAUGCAAAGAAUGGCUCAUCCGGAUGGCGAAGUGGCCAAUGCCAGGGCUGCAGCUUCAUCUGGAGUGCUCUUCACGCUCAGCACCAUCGCGACGUCAUCAAUUGAGGAAGUCGCUGCGGCCACGCCGGAGAGCAAUAAGUGGUUUCAGCUGUACAUCUACAGGGACAGGGAGCUCACGCAGAGCCUCGUGAGACGAGCUGAGAAAGGUGGUUUUAAGGCUAUCGUCUUGACAGUCGACGCUCCACUCUUUGGACUGCGCCGAUCCGACAUCCGGAACAAAUUCAGCCUGCCGAGUCAUCUGCAACUGGCCAAUUUUGUCGGCGAGAAGGCGACAGGAGUGCGACAUUCUAAGGAAGGAUCCGGGCUCAUGGAGUACGUCAACAAGCAAUUUGACGAUUCCAUUACUUGGGAGGAUCUCAAGUGGCUGGUGAAGUUCACCAAGCUUCCGGUCAUUGCCAAGGGAAUUCUAACAGCCGAGGACGCUCUCAGCGCAGUCCGAUGCGGCUGUCAGGGCAUCAUUGUGUCGAAUCACGGGGCAAGACAGAUCGAUGGUGUGCCGGCGUCGAUUGAGGCUCUGCCUGAAGUCGUGGCCGCCGUGGGAGACCGCGUGACCGUGAUGAUGGACGGCGGAAUUCGACAAGGAACGGAUGUCUUCAAGGCUUUGGCUCUGGGCGCGAAGUUGGUGUUCGUGGGAAGACCUGCAAUUUGGGGAUUGGCAGUCGAUGGACAGACAGGCGUUGAGAACAUCCUGAAGAUUCUUAAGAAAGAACUGGACAUUUGCAUGGCUAUAGCCGGAUGCGCGACUGUGCCUGAAAUUACAAAGAGAUAUGUUGUUCAUGAGAGUUUCUACAGCAAAUUAUAAAAAUUACCAAGCUUGAUGUAUCAGUUGAA